AUGAACACGCUCGUAUCACCUCCGCGGAACGGCAAUCGCCUUCCGCAGCCUGUCCAGGCCGCCCAUGACGGACGAGGUGCCCUGCCUCGCCGCUUCACCACCGACUCGGGGCGUGUACCAACAUUGUCUUCCAUAACCAGCCAGCGCGGCCCUGACCUCGGCGGUCAGGAUUACAACAACAUUGAGAAGAAGAAGAUUGAGUACGAGAGACUCCGCGAGCAGAGGCGCCGUUUCGAGAUGGAGAUGCAGAAGCUGGAGCAGGCGCAGCGUCGCGAGGAGAUGGAGCUCGCCAAGAUGCAGGACGACCUCCGCCACGGUCACCAGUCGGAGCCCACGACGCCCCCCGAAUACCACGAGUCCUCUGGCUUCCCCACCAUGUUCUCGCGCCCGAACCGAUACUCGACCUCGAGCCUGACCUCGCCUCCCGGCCUCUUCAACCGCCCCGGUCGUUCGGGGUCGCAGCUCACCUCGCCCCAGUCGACCAUGAUGCAGUCCCGCUUCAACUUUGACGACCACAUGCCGUCCCGAUCCGUGCCCGGAUCCCGCAGAAACAGCGACGAGGAUGAGAAGGAGGAGGCUGUUCGCCAGGACCCGACCAGCCAUCGGUCCUCUAACGCGUAA